AUGGUUCCCUCUGCUCUUCUUCUCUCUGCUUUUUUCAUCUGGGGUCGGUUCGGUUCUGCGUCAGGGUCUCCAGUCCUGGAUCAGGUCUACAGGGACGUGAUCAGCAUCGUGUCUCCGGGACAGGACUUUCUGACCCGGGACUCGCUCCGCUCCCUUUUUAAUACACUGGAGAAACGUGUGCAAUGCGGUGAAGUGUCGUGUGAAAAGUGUGACCUGACGGAGGCUGUUGACCAGCUAAUCAACAACCGCUCUGUCAACACUGGAGGUAGAAGUCAGUCAGAUGGAACCAUCAGUGCAUCCCAGUUCAGCGUCAUCGCUGGCGGUGGCGUCCUGUUCCUGACAUCUCCUGCUCUGGUUUGUUCAAUGAUACGUCAGGGACGAUGGGGAGAAGAAACCGAACUCUUCCUCCACAAAUUAACUCGUCAUGAACAUCAGGAAGAAAACCAACAGAGCCACGGCCAUGAACAUGAGAACAUCGACAUUCAUGGAUUAGAGAUGCUGCUCCAUGACCUGGAGGAGCACUACCACCCUCUGGACACAGAAGGCUGUCUAGGAGCCGGUGACGUCAUGGCAGCGGUCAACACCACCUCCGGACACCAGGGUCAAGAGGUCGGUGCAGUUCUGGGACGCGUCCUUUUCCACGUCUUAAAGGGUCAGUGCUUUGAGAGCUCAUCGCUGCCGGAGGAGUCGUUCUUCCUGGACUUCAUCCUGGACCAUCUGGACUCGGAGAACUUCACUGUCGGAGACUUAAAGGUACUUAUGAGGAGUCUGAACCUGGGACCAAACCCUCAGGAUGAACACGAACAUGGACAUGAACACGAGGAAGACGAACACGCUGGUCAUGAUCACAGGAGCAGCCAGAAACAUGAGACGCACCACACCAACACCACUUGGGACCAGGGAUGUUUUUCGGCUGAGGAGCUGGUGCAGAUCUACGGUCUGGCGGACAACAAGUCCACUUCCGCCGGCCUGGGUCGGUCUGGGAUGGCUCGGCUCAGCCCUGCUCUGGUCCAGCAGAUACUGAGCGGAGCCUGUACUCAAGUCACAGAACCGUUAAAACCUGAUGGACUCACAAAGAGUCAAAGAUAUCUGUACGCAACCAUCGCCAACAUCAUCAUCACACUGACCUCCAUGUUUGGCAUCGUGGUGCUGUUGUGCACCUCCUGUACUGGUCUGUUCCAGCUGUGCAUCCAGUUCUGCAUCAGUCUGGCUGUUGGUUCACUCACUGGAGACGCUUUACUGCACCUGCUGCCCAUGUUUCUAGGUAUACAUGUACAUGGAGAUGAAAGCAGCCACUCAAAGCAUUCUGACCACAGCGAAGGAGAAUCUGCAGAUUAUAUCUACAAGUUACUGGUGGUGAUGGGAGGGAUCUACUUCUUUUACCUGAUGGAGACGAUCUUCUCUCUGAUCAUGUAUAAAGAUAAACACCAUCAUCACCACCAUCGCAAGGAGGAAUCGGAGCCUCACCACUGUGACCACGGGAAGGUUUUAGAGAUGUACCACCAGGAAAAAAAAGAAAAGGAAAUGUCGGCUUCAAAAGCAGACCUGGUCAGUUACGAGGAGAGUGAAAAACCACUCCCAAAACCAAAAGAAUACAGCAGAGAACAACGGCUGCUGCCUUACAUGGUAACUUUCAGCGACAGCAUCCACAACUUUGCAGACGGUUUGGCGAUGGGUGCGGCCUUCUCUAUGUCGUGGAAGUCUGGUUUAGCGACGUCAUUAGCUGUGUUCUGCCAUGAACUACCUCAUGAACUGGGUGACUUUGCCAUUUUGCUCCACAGUGGAGUGUCCAUCAGGAAAGCACUGCUGCUUAACGUCGGCAGUGCUAUGACCUCUUUCGUGGGCCUUUAUAUCGCUCUGUCUGUAGCCACCGACCUCGUGACCCAGCAGUGGAUCGCCGCCAUCACUGCAGGGCUCUUCCUGUAUGUGGGCCUGGCUGAUAUGCUCCCUACGAUGGUCCACAUCAGCAGCACUCGACCCUGGCUGACGUUUCUGCUGCAGAACUUGGGCCUUCUGAGCGGCUGGGCCACUCUGUUGUUGCUGUCACUUUACGAAGAAAAGAUCAGCUUUUAGUUGAAGGACUGUUAGGACACAGGUGGGCUUUGUCUGAAAUCACUCCCUUAUUUACACUCAGUGAUGAGCAAAUUUACAUUCUGCAUCAGACUGAUCAGCAGUUGCACAAUAAUGUUCAUAUCUGAAAUUAUUUGGUUGCAUUGCAGGAUCAGAAGCAGAGAAGACUAUGUUCUGUUCUACUCAUUUGAGCGUUAAAAUAGUGUGUAGGAAGUGAUAUCAGACACAGUCGUACUCAGUGGGUUUGUUUUACCUCUGGAAAAAUCUGUGCAGUUGGUACGAGCGUUGAACGACAUACAGAAUAACUCACCCAAGUAUUUGUACAUUACAUAAGAUGACACAAAAUGAGAAGAACGAGAAAGUGAAAAGUGGAGUGAACACUUGACAUGUAAAAUGCUGUUAGUUUUUCAACAGAAAUGUGAUAUCACUCACAACCUGAACUCCAAACCUCUGAUUUUGUAUUAAUGUGGCUGAAUUCAAUCUGAAUUGAAUCUUUGAAUUCAAUCAAGGGUUAGAAUAAUAAAAAAAGCAUGUGGAUGCACAUUACUUGCAGCCACAUGUCAUCUUUGCCUAUAU